CGAGAGCAGUUCAUUUUCCGUUGCUAAAAAAAUCACAAGUUCCGGAUAAUGUUAAUAAAAUAUACAUCUUGGUGAGCAAAUUGGCAGUUGGGAACUUUGAAGCAAAAUGGGAUUGGCACUCAUGGCGCACAACCUUAUCAAUGUCUUUCUCCCCUUUACCGGAAUCAAUGGCGGUACCCUAAUUUCUUGCCCUUCUUCCCAAUUGGGUUUUCGGGGAAUUAAGCAUUCCGAUAAGCUUCCGGUUUAUUCAUCUUUCAGGGAGCUAUCUUCCAUGGUUUCUUGCAGAGCAGUUGGCUCAAAUGUAAACGAAGACACUGAUGAUAUGUUUGAUGAUCUCUUCGAAAAGCAUGGACAAGUGGUCUUUAGUAGAAAUGAUCAAAAGCCCUAUGGUGCUGAAAUUGACGAUGAUGCUGAGAGUUUAGCAUUUGCUGUGGCGAUGGCCAAGGUUGCAAAUGAGGUAAAGGCUGGGGAUAUUAAAGUGUUAUUCGUAAAACCUCUUGUAUACUGGACUCGGUUUUUCAUAAUUGCAACGGCAUUUUCUCGUCCUCAAAUUGACGCAAUUAGGACAAAAAUGGCAGAUCUUGCCGAAGAGAAAUUCGGGAAAAUUCCAAAUGGUGACUUAAAACCCAACUCUUGGACACUACUCGAUUUCGGUGAUGCUGUAGUCCACAUAUUUCUUCCCCCUCAGAGAGAAUUUUACAACUUGGAAGAAUUCUACGCUAAUGCCACGUCCAUUGACUUGCCAUUUGAGGAUGAAAAACCAUUUCGUCAAUGAAAAACACAUCUUAUUUUAUGGCAAACAUAUGACAGAUGAAAUCCUGAACCAUUUUGUGGCCUCCAAGGCUCCAACCCUGUCCAUGGAGUUUUUGACUCUAUGGUUCCACCAAGCAGCGAUAUGUGCUUAAUCUGGGCUCGGUCUCACUAUCAAUUUGUGCCUUAUUGGUGUUGUUUGAUCGAGGUGGAGAAAACUUAUGUGCAAUUAUCAGGUUCAGCCACAAUCACAUUGAGUGUUGUAAAAGUAGGGCCUCUAGGUUAUAAAAUUGUAGGUCUAUAGUUUAUCAGAUCAGGCCUUGAAGCCUCAUUUAAUUCAUAUAUGUAGAUUUAUCGUUUGUUUCUUAUGUAUGUUUAGCAAGGAUUUGGGAAUACAAACAUCAUCAGUCCAGAUUUUAGCUAAAGCACGGAAUGACAGCUAUAUUACGGUCUUACAGA